UUCAGUGCAACAGUAACUAAAUUUAAUAACAUAAUAAUAAUAACAACAAUAAAUAAGUGUUCAGGUUAUUAUUUGCCCUGAAUAAAACUAACUGAUACUAGUGAAUGUUUUCAGUGUUUACGACGGAGUGCGUUGAUUAUGUCGUUCAUAUGAGGCGCAAUAUUGCGACCCUGUGAAGACAAAAGGCGAUGCUGCACGAGCUUUUCGAAACAGUAUUGUCAAGGCAGGAACUUUCGCGCGCUGGUGAGCUUUUUUCCCUCGAAGACCAUGAGGUGCUUCCUUGUGCUGCUGAUGUCCUGUGUCGUAUUCGCGAAGCGGUAUCACGUCAAAGUUACGCUGGCGAUGAUAACGCACAGAGCGUUGUCGAAAUUUGCCUUACUAGGGUACUUACGGCUAUCAGGGACGGGCGCUGUGUUGAGCAGUAUUGCGGCGAGCUGGUCAGCUUACUGGAAGCAUGCCUUCAGCAUGAACUUAGCCCCCGUGCACGGAGGAGCGAGCAUCCACCUCACGCCAAAGUCGCUGCUGACGUUAUGAGCUGCAUAUUUCUGCAUCAGCCGAGCUCGAGAGCUUUGACAUCACGGAGUGUUGGGGCGACUGUCCGAUUCUUACAUAGAGGUAACCGCGAGUUAGCUCGAUCGGUAACUAGACAUCUCUGUCUUGCGGCUUCACAGAACGCUGAUCUACUUGUGCCUCAUGUACAACCCGUCGUAGAUUCUAUUAUUGCAGGAAACUAUGCGCUAUGUAAGGUGUUGCCUUCGAUCUACGCCCUCCGCCAUCGGGAGCCAGCUAUAACUGAUCACUUGCUUGCCCUGUUCUCGUUGUUGCCACAAUGUGAAAAAGCAGAACGUCUUUCACUUCUGACACUAUUUGAGCUGAUGGCAAAGAGUGAUGCCAAUCUUCUUGACGGUAACCUAUCACAGCUCACAGCGUACUUAAACGAAGAAAACACAGCUCCGAGUGUCCUGCGAAUCUUCAUUGAAGUCUCUAAUUCCGAACCACAACUACUCGUGGAUUUGUUGCCGAAGGUUCAGCAAGCAUCACUAGGAAAGCCUCAUCUGACUGCGUUAACAUCGAGACUUUACGCAAAUGUUGCAAACACUAAUAGGGAUAUGGCACGACUUAGCUUAGAUUUAUUGUCUCUCCUUCUCAGCGACGCGAGCGCUUCCCCCGGAGCGCAAGUUGCGAUUCUACGGGAAAUAAAAUCGAUUCUGGAUUCGACCAGUGCAUCACUGUCGUCUCUAGCAUUAGACAAAAUCAAUCAACUUCACGCUGAUCCCUCGUCCCCUUCAAUGAUACAAUUCUAUCUCCAGCAGAUCAGACGACAACAAGGCAGCCUUAGAGAUAUACAGGCCCACUCUCAGCAUUCGCAGCAGUUUUUGCCGCACAGUACUAGCUUACAUCAGGGAUUAACGGCGGCUCUUGGAAGUCCAGUUCAGGCGUACCAUGGACCACCAGGGUCGAAUAUAGGCUAUCACAAUCUGGUGGGGCCUGGCGGAUAUAGCCGUGUAUCGCACACGCUUCCAUCAGGCGCCACCCUAUCCGCGUGUGCUUCAACAUCAACAUCCGCUACUUCAACACCCAAUGGCGGCGGAUCUGGUUCUCAACAGCAACUAUUUGGUUCUUCACGGCCCUCUCUAACUUCUAGCCAUACCGGCCUCGGGGGACCUUCUGCAACUACUCACCUAUUCAAUGGUUCUUUGCAAACACUCGGUUUGGCAUUGCGUAACAAUACAUCUGCAACAGCUGCGCCUUCUAAUACUGCGUCUGGCACUGGCCAUGUUGGGCAUACUACUCACGUGCAACAUGCCCCUAUCCACCGUUCGUUGGGUGCUCUCGGGAGCAGAGCUGUGCUCUAUGCGACCAAUGGAAAUGGUCAUAGUGGCCUAAAAGGCAGUGGAAAUAGACUAGGGGUAGGUUUAUCUCAUGGCGGAACUGUUGUUGGAUCGGGAGCGUCGUCCGCUCGAAGCGCUUCUGCAUCCAUCUCUGUUUUGGUUGAGGAGUCUCUAUUAGAUAGCGUAGUAGCCAAAGACAGCCUUGGGGAACCAGGUACGUUUGGUGGAGUCGGAAAAGGCGGAAAUAACGGUGGACAGGCUCUACCGCGCAGGCCACUUACUGAUAAGCAAGCUGGAUCAGGCUUUCAGCUUCGAGUAUCCACGUUUGGCCGUAAUCGAUUGUGCAGUAACAACAAUAAUAACAAUAUCAUAACAGCGGAUAGUAAAGGACCAGAUCGUGAAACCGACGAUGAAGAUGGGGUCGAGAGUCCAACGAAUGAAAAGUCGCGCCUCGUGACAACAUCUGGCCUAGGGACAGGUGGUGUGCCCUUUGAACCACUUCGGGAUGCAGUUCAACACUUCAGUGAGAAACAUCUAGAUAAAAUUCGUGCGUUCAUGGCUGGUGUAUUUGCUCGCCUUCCCUUGCCUCUGAAGUGCACGAUCGAGGAACGCCAUAGCGGCAAAAAAUACGCCAAACUACAUUUCGGCUGUCAAGGUAAGGGAGGCAAUUGUCUCUAUGACCGAACAUUGUUUGCCUCGAAAACGAAACAUCCUCGGUUAUGGAUACACCUUAUGUUCCUCGCUGUUCAAGCAAGGUCUCCUUUAGCCCUGGGCCAACGAGACCCCUCUCUAGCAGCUCUUCGACACUGCUGGGAUUCAUUACGACCUGCCGAUGGACGCAGUUUUCUUGCUUUGGUAACGUCGGCAUUUCCCUCUGCGAAGGAUAUGGAAUGUCUCAUGAACGAACUACGCAGCCGUCGCUUCCUUGACGUAUUCGAAUAUAACGGGGCCCUUCAAAUGUGGGCGUGCUUCUUGUGCAAUCAUCCUGACCGCGCUCACGGGUUUCUGCAGGAGAGUCUUCCUGUCAUCGAAGGGCAGUUAAAAGAGAAGCGACGUCGUUGGAAAUUGUUCCGGCAAUGGAGGACAAAGUAUUUCACGUUAUCGGGUGCUAAUUUAUCCUGCAGAGAGCUGAGCUCUGAUAGUAAAGAGCAGUCUAUCGGUGAAGUACAAUCAGUGCGGGCAAUUCAAGGUCGUAACCGACACAUUCCCAAGGCAUUCGAGAUUUUCACUGCAGACGAUAAAGCAUUCGUUCUGAAGGCAGCUAGCAGACGACACACAGAGGAGUGGGUGCAAUGUCUUAGCAUCGCUUUGGCCCGGACGCACGCGUCUGCUGGCCAACCCGGAGGGCAAUCUUUGCCAGCUGUACAGAACGUGACAGCUUUCAGUUGCAGCGGACAACAACAGGGCAGUCUGAGCACUUUGGUCCAUCAGCAUCAGAAUGACCGUGAUCUUCAAGGAUUUCGCGACAAUAAUAAGGAUCAUCGCAGUGGCCGAGAUCAUCGAGACUGUCCAUCUGACCACCAAGCAGGCAUGAGUCAGGUGCAUCAAGUACAAACAAUUAACAAGGCACCCCAAGUCGGAGUUUUACAAACACAUCAAAUCACUCAGCGACUUUAAAUAUUUCAUGAUUCAUCACAGAAACAUGUUACGUAGACUAAUGGUGAUCAUCGCGUAUUGUAGGAAGAUGGAUUCGCAGACCAACAAACAUUUCGAUGGCUUUGGUGCACAGCCACUCAACUUAAAUUCUUAUCCAAAAACACCCAAUAUACAUCGGUAGUCACAUGUGUCCCCUUGUGGUUGUAUAGUUAUGUUAUGAGAAGCUUCUUCGUUGUCCUUGUAAGUGAAUUUUACGAUAAUUUCGACAACGAUAGUUAUCAAUGUACCUAAGUGACUAAUAUAGAUGUUAGCUUUAGCUCAAUGGAUGAGCUCAUAACCUUUGAAUUCUCAUAAAGGGGCGAAAUUUUUUCUGAUUUUCUGAGAUUUUUUAGCAGUAUCUAUCAUGAGCAUAAUUUUUAGCCAACCGGAAAAGCUAUCACUCACCCUAUACCGGCUUUGCUACGAUUACCUGUGGCUGAAUUGGUUACGCAGAUAGUAUUGCUCCAUCGGCGUUCUUUAAAUGCGCGUUAACAUAACACUGCUACGUAUUCGUCUAUCAUAAACAUAAAUUGAAGGUUUACCCUGCCUCUCUCGCUAUAUAUAUCUUGAAGUGAACUUGAAUAUAAUCGUAAAAAGGAAGACAAGAUGAAUUAAGUAUACAAUAGAGCGGUCGAUGCAUAUAACUUUAAUGAAAUAGCAAUUGAUUCGGCGGCUCGUCUAUUUCCGAUUGAUGAGUAAACGUUGAGGAUUACAGCGUUUGUCUAGACGGAGAAUCAAGUUUAGUGGAAAAAUUUCUCGCACCGAGGUUUAACGUCGCCCUGGCCGUCGCUGUCGCCGCCGCCGUCGCCGUCGCCGUCGUUGUCGUCGUCUGGGUGACGUAAAACUGGCCGACGUCGUAUUGCCGCGAUAGCCAUUAAUUCAUAGCCACUUCACAAUAUACUAUCAUACACCCGCAAUGUGUAUUGUCAACUCUAAAGUGUCAAUCAAUUAACGCCAUUUUAUAAGACGUAAUGAAAAUCUGCGUUUCGGAUACUAUUCUCACUUGAUUUGGCAAGGCCUGUCAAGCUACUAGUAAUUUAUUCUUUCUUGAAUAUUAGAGAUAGUGGGAACAGAUCAACAAGUGAGAUAGUAUGAGCAUGUAUUAAUCAAGUGCGUACAGCUUAGGUAUGGAGAAGAUCAUUGACUGAACUCGGUGCUGAUCACAGGCACUUUGUAACUAAAUCUGUCGAAACGGCAUUGGUGGUGAACCGUUAUUGAUAUAUUUGUAAUAAUAAAUUUUAUAUUUGUUACAUGUGUGAUUAUUGUGGGUUUUGUUUUUUGUUUAGGCAUAUUAGACUUUCUUUGUUGUUUUCAUUAAGGCUUUAAGCGGCUUCAGAUUUGGAAGCCACCAACUGACACAGUCUAGUGUAAGGCACCGUAAUGGCUUUUUG